UGAACGUAAGCGUUGGUUUUUCCACCCUCAACGAAUGCAAAAUCAGACGGACCUUCCUCUCCGCAAAUAUUCAGCAUCCAUGGAAGAAGUAUCGGAGGACCACCGAGAACCGCACACCAGUACAGCUGGAUGGCCAGCAGCAGAUCCAAGAAUGAUCCACGUCAACGCAUUGGACUGUCUGGUGAACGCGAACUCUCUCUUCACGAUCGCCGUCUUCCUGGACCUGUGCCUCUCAAAGCCAGGUCAGCAAGGGCUCGAAGACAGCGGCGAGUGCGUCGCGGGUGCUGACGUGGCGGAGAAGCUUCUGGUAUUCGAGGUGGUGUCUUUCAGCUUCUUCUUGUUCUCGAGCCUGAUAGCUCAGGGUCUGAAGCUGGCCAUCAACCUGCUGAACAGCAAGGACGUGGACGAAGCGUUCCGAGCCUACAUGAACCCGAGGGUGCUCACGUUCGGGAUUAUAGGCUCGGCGGUAGGGACGGUGAUAGGUUGCGCGUUCUGGAUGAUGACGAUGGUGAACGUGAUCCAGAUAAAGCUGGGAUUGUUGUCCUGCAGGAGCCACGCCACCGUUCGUGCGGUGCUCAUCCUGCUCACGUUAGUAUCGUCUGCCGUUGCUGUUUUUAUCGUUACCAUUAUCUCUUCCGUCACCCGGAAAACAUAACGGUAACGAUGUCUGUGUGCUGCAUGCAUACCGACGACCUCAGUGGUGUGUUCACGUCACCAAGUUGUGGACCCCACCAUGAUGAUGUCUUUAUUAUAUCCACACCGUCCAUUCAUUUGGCGAGA